AUGUCUCAACGUGAAAAAUUCGAGUUAAUUAAUUCCGAAGUGCGUUCUUUUUACGAAUAUUGUAAGGAAGCUGGCAUGAGCGAUGAAGAAAUGGAUUUGAUCUGUCGGCCACUCACAAAUUCUGUGAGAAAAGCCACAAUCAAACGUUGGACAAGGGUGGUUCUCGUUUUGAUAAUGGGAAUAGCGAUUGGAUAUACUGUUAGCCAGACGGAUACCUUUAAAUGGCAUGCAUCAGCCCUGGCCAGGAUCGUUUUGAUUAAAUUGCUACCAGUGUGGGACUGGACACCUCUGUACCAUAACAAGUGCAUGAUUGCGAGACCUGCGGAACCACCUAAUGUCGAAGCAGGAGCGUCAACAACCGAUUGCAUAGCCUGUGAGGCAGUCAAAAAUAUUGCGCGCUUGUCCGACACGUCAUACAACGAAGUAUUCAACCACCACCUCCUGCGCGGGGCGCCGGUUAUCGUCGUGGAUGCCCACUACGAUUGGUCCUCACGAGACGAACUCAACCUGACCGGCCUGAUCAGCGACGAUGACCGACUCCGCGACUCAGUCCCUUGUAGAAUUCUUACCAACAUAAGAAUCGGACGACAACCCAUGGACCUAGAAGAAAUAGUAUCUAGAAUAACAAACACAGACAUACCGAGUUGGUUUGUCCAUUUCCAAAACUGCGAUAUUCGUGCAGUCAAAUCCUUUAGGGUCCUAGCACCUAGGCCGUACUUCCUCUCCCCUCAUAUCCCUCCCUCGCACUUUAAUUGGUUAUUAUUGUCAAAGAACUAUGAUACUCAUAGAUAUAAGUAUUUGGAGUUCGACAUUGGAUUGAUAAUCAUGUCUCAAUUGAAAGGCAAGUCGUUCGUGCAGUUACGGCCGCGAGCGCCUUGCGAAGAUGACUGUUACACUCUCAACUUUGAGCUGACAGAAGGAGAGACCCUCGUGUUGGCUAAUUCCCUCUGGGAGUUUGAAUAUUUACCGGGCAAAGGUGAAAACGUUGCCAUGAUCACAGAAACUGAUUGGAACGAAUCCUAA